AUGGAUAGCGGUGGCAAAUCCCAAGUGAACAUCCCAGCAGGCUCAGAAUGGCGGUUUGAAGUUGAUUUUUCGCAAGAAUUAACAAUCAAGGUCGUGUCAGGAGUGGUGGAGAUCAACGGUACCGAGCUUCCAAAUAACUUUGAUUUGAAAUUUAAAGGAGUUAAGCUAUCGAUAUUCUGCUACCAGGAUAGUAUCAUUGAGUACUAUGGUACUUUUUCCUCAGAGUACGUUUCUGAUGAGAGCGUGGUGCCCCAGUACGUGGCGUUGCACUUUGCCUUGCAAAAUUUCAGAAAUAAGGCCGCCACCAACAACAACCUCAAUGCUCCUAGAGUAUUGGUAAUUGGGGGAAAAGACUCAGGAAAAACUACGUUACUGAAAGUUCUUGUGAGUUAUGCGGUGAAAAUGGAUAGUUUUCCUAUGGUGGUCAACUUGGAUCCUCAGGAAGGAGUGUACACGAUGCCUGGGGCUCUCAGUGCAACGGUGGUGAACGAUGUUCUUGAUGUUGAACAGGGCUGGGGUCAGAGUAUAUUGAGUGGUGCGUCUGCUUUCCAUCCAACUCAACCAGCUGUUACAUACUACGGCUACGACCAUAUCAAUAGUAACCCAAGCUAUUAUCGAUAUAAUAUCCAGAAAUUGGCGAGCGUGGUAGAUAAAAGAUUGGAAAAUGACGAAAUGGUCCGUCAGACAGGAGUCAUCAUCGAUACCCCAGCAUUGACCAAUAAGGACUCUUCGUUGAUCGAAGAGAUUGUCGAGGCGUUUAGUGUUAAUUUGAUCAUUGUUUUGGGAAACGAGCGAUUAUUCAUCGAUUUGAAGAAGACCUUUUCGGAAAAGAUUUAUGAAUCAUUAGAUGGGCAAAAACAAUUCUUCAACGUGUUAAAGUUCUCAAAAUCUGGAGGCUGUGUCGAUAAAGAUGAUGCGUUCAUCCGAGCCCGUCAGCAACUGUUGAUCAAGCAAUACUUUUAUGGUGACAGAAAGCAGGUACUAAGUCCGUACACCAUCACCUCCAUCGAUUAUUCGCGACUAUCAGUGUACCGAAUUGUUGAAAGCAAUAAGGUGAAUACCACUUCCGCCACAGAUAACUCCGAAAACUUGGACGCUUCUUCAGUGUUACCAAUUGGUAUGGACGCAGAGGAAAAAGCAUUGCUUGAGGAACUUGAACAAUCAAAGGCCGAUGCCGCCGUUAUGAGUGCAUCUACUGUCAAGAAGGAGCAAGAAAAAGAAGAAGUGCCAAUCUCAGAAGCUCCAGCAGAACCGGAGGCGAUCGUUACUGAUGGAGAGCUUAUUGAAAAAUUGGAACCCGAAUCGUCAUCUUUACAAAACGCCGUCAUUGCGUUUGUGCAUGCUGAUAUCGACGAGCCAAUGACAAAAGUUUUGGAUUCGGGUGUUUUGUGUUUUGGGUAUAUUAGUGAUGCUAACGACCUCAAGAAAAAGUUGAGUGUGUUGUUGCCAGUUCAAGGAAACUUGCCAAACAAGACCAUUGUGUUUGGAGGAUUCAGAUACGUUGAUUAG